UCCUUCGAUAGCGGCACCGUACCUACGAUAGUCUGUACAGAAGCUUCCAAUGAUGUGACGAGUUCAGUGUUUCCUAAGCCAAUCCCAUAGGGAGUUCAGUGUUUUUAAACCAACCGCAAGGGGAGUUCAGUGUUUCUUUAACCAAUCGCAAGGGGAGUUCAGUGUUUCAGAGACCAAUUGUAUGGCGAGUUUGGGUGUUCCUUAAACCAAUCACAGGAUGAGUUCAGUGUUUCCUAAACCAAUCACAAGCCCCAAAGCUUUUACACCCUCCCCCACCCCACACCCCCUCUAUCAACGCAUCAUCACUCUGAAAAAAAAUUAAAAAUCCACUACUGUACGGACUACGAGAAAAAACAACGAGCUGAAACGCUACAGUACGGACUACGAGACGGACGAGAAAAUACUAGCUAGCUGGGAUUUGUGCAGGACGACGUAAGUACUUUGCUGUCUGUUUAUCUUAUAUGUAGGUAGAAAAUUAUGCAUAAUUUAAUUGGGAACAAGGUUAAGUUAACUUAAUUCACAUUUCUAGCCGAUGUAAUAUCAGCUGUGUGUCCCUAUAACGUUACAUAUAACGUUACAUAUAUAUUUUUUCAUAGCUAGCUAAUAUUAAUUAAUAAAUUAAAAAUUAAGUUAAUUUCUACUUGCAUUCUCUAACUUAACGUUACAUAUCGUAAAACAAAUGACACGUAAUGUAAACAUCUCUUGUUUUCUAGUUAGCUAAUGCCACCCAACAUCGGUUGCCUCGGUUCAGCGUUAUUUAUUAAUGUUGUUUCUCGAAAUUAGCAAUAAUCAGGUCAUUUUUAAGGGGAAUUUCAGGUAGCACUCAUAUUAACCAUAUUAUAAUAACUUAACCUAGUAUCCUCGGUUUAGGGACAGUAACUUAACCGGGAAAACUGCAGGGACAAGUCGGCUUAAACGCGUUUAUUUAAUUACUCAUUGUAUUACGCGUUUAUUUAAUUACUCAUUGUAUUUUGUCAUUUUUUGGACAUUGCAACGAUAAUUUUGGAAGGAACUUGAUUAUAUUAACCUAAGGUACCCUGUCUAUCUUGUAAUACACACAGCUUAGGGACAAUAAACGGGAAAAAAAAUUGGAGGGAAAAAUCAAAAUUGGAGGGAAAAUACGGCUUAAGCGCGAACAGAGAAUUUUGGAGGGAAAGUCAGGCAGUGUAUAUUCACUUGACCUGUCUGUCAUGUAGUAGCUAUUAUUGAUUACAAAAAUACAUUACAUUUUUCAUAUUUACGUUUCUAUUGCUCUGUAGCAAUAUAUACAAUUAUGUUAGUACCAUGUGUAAACUGUCAUUAGUUUUGUGGUAGCUCCAGUUUUCAAAAUUAGUCGCAGUUAUCAUAUUUUUGAUAAUUUCAUUGUAAUAUAUCCUACCUAUAUUUAUUAUAGUAAGUUAAUGUUUUUUGUCCUGGACAAGUAAUAUUGGUGAGUUUAAUUUUACUAGUUGCAGUGGUAUAUAUUGUUUCAGGUUAUGGCAAAAUCUCACAAACCCAUGGCAGAUUCUGAAUGGCUUCAUCGCCUUCAAACAUUUGCCAGUACAGGAGCCUGGCCUUCUAAUGCAGGUAACCGACCUGCUCCAAGGCAGAAGAAAUGGCAUGACCUCUAUCAUAAGAUAGAAAAAUGCCCUCUGCAGCUGAGGGGACAGGCCACCCUUCUGGCAGGAGUGCAGACAUGUACUUGUGGAUUUCACAAGGGACCUGCCACACACCCACAAGUCCCUUCACCAUCUGUGAGCACAGUGCCUUCUACAAGUGUUGGGUCAAAUCCCCUAAAGAGGCAUGAAUUGACAUUGUCAAUGUUUGAAAAAUCAAGGUUUGGAGGUUCACAUGGGAAUGCAGCAAAACCAAACCUAAACCUAAAGAGAAAACUUCCUCAGACACAAGUGGUCACUGGUUCACCUGCUGCCUCAAAACCAUGCACUGGUCUCCACCUUCCACCAUCCCCCCGCCCUCAUCAUGUUGUGCAGUCCACCUCUCCCUUCUCCUUUGGGCCACCACCGCCACCAUCCUCUGUGGAAGACAUUGUGCCACAUCAACUGCCGGAAGCUGCUGUGAAGAGCAUGCCAGAGAAUCCUGCUGAGCUCCCACUUCUGUGGCCACAGACAGUGCCACAGCAGGACCGCAAGUGGGUAUCUGAGGCCCUCUUUAGAGUUGGUGCCAAAGGUAAGCUGGAGCUGCGGGACAACCUUCAGCUGUGGUAUCACCCCCCACCACCAGCCCUAUUGUACCACCAGGUGCCGGGUCCUGACAGGUUCUUCUCACAGUCUUUGCUGCUGUGGAUGCCAUACAGGUUGUGGAAAGUGCGGCUACAGUGCAUCAAUCCUGCCUGCAAUGGACGCCAGCUGAGUGGAGGAGGUCUGCACAGGCGGGUACGGCAGGUCCUAGACAUCGACAGGUACUACAACCUCGCAACGGAGACCCUUAUCUGCACUGGGUGUAGAAGCAGCUACUUGUCUUGGAGUCAGACGAUCCUCCAGCAGCUGGAUUUAGCACAUCGCUCAGAGUUUAGGGUCAUCCUCACACGCAGAUAUGCCUGUGACAUACGAGUCAUUCGUCUGUUACGUGAACGGAGCUUGGGAAAUGGACCUGUGCGUAUCAUUGGCCAGCUGAAAGAGAACCAUAGUGAAGAGUGGCUCCAGCGGGUGGCGCGAUAUACAUCAGAAUGUGCUGCAUUCGUGACCAGCUCGGGCCUACUUCCACCAUGCUUUCAGGAGCCCCCAAAACUCUCUACAGUCCCCAGUUACAAGUGGCUUCUCACUGUGUACAGCCAAGAUAUCCUCAAUAGGCUGGAGGAUAUCAAGGCUAGUAUCACAUCUACUUAUGGAACCAUUUUAAAAAUGGAUUCUACUAAAAAGAUCACAAAGAAGCUUACAGGGCCAGCCAAAGGCACUGCACAGUGGCUCACCUCAGUUGGGAAUGAAAGCGGUCAGGUGCUGAUAAGUGUUCUCACUGCAAAUGAAGGAGCAGGACUGGACCUAAUGGCUGCAGGUCUAGUGAACAGGUACCAGAGGGCUGGGGUAGAUCCUCCUGUUGUCCUGUAUGUAGACUGUGGCUGCUGCAAAGAAGUGGGAGAGACCAAACUGAAAAGCAGAUUUGGUGGAUGGCCAGACAUUAUUGUGCGUCUUGAUAUCUGGCAUUUCAUGCGUCGUCUGGCAGCCGGAUGCACAACUGAUGCCCAUCAGCUCUAUCCCACUUUCAUGUCCCGCAUAUCAUCGUGCAUAUUUGAGUGGGAUGCUGGUGAUGUUGGACUGCUGAGGAAGGCCAAGAGGGAGCAACUUGCCCAGCAGGGCUGGCCUCCAUUAACGGAGAAGGAGCUUGACCGACAUCUCACAAAAGAAGAGCUGGCUCUCCAUUGCAGAAGAAAAACAAGAGGAGAAGAGACCACCAUCCGCCUUCUUUCUCAGCUUAUCGGAGAGCUCAUGAGCAAGGGGAAUGAUGCACUUGGGGUUCCUCUUCUCGACAGUGUCAGGAUGCAACACAUUUGGGAUGUCCAGAGGCGACAUGUGGCAUGCAUUCAGGACCCUCCAAAUGUAGCACUGUAUACAGAGACAGGAAGCAUCACCAAGGGAGGGGUGGUUUUAAAAACAUACCGGUGUGCCAGGGGUUCUACAUCUCUGGAAUCAUUUCACUGCCAUCUGAAUCGCUUCAUUCCAGGGAACAGUGCCAACUCGCUGAACUUUCAGGUUUAUCUUUUGGAGGGACUGAAUCGCUGGAAUCAGGACCGAGCUGCUGCUGCUGUUGUGAAGGAACCCUCACCACUGCGCACAUACACAGGGGAGUUGGUUCACUUUGUGAAUGACAGCUUUUUGAAAGUGUUCGGAAAGAAGUUGGUUACUGCAUUCACACCACCUGGGCAAUACACUGGCGAGCUCAUUGGGGUACAGUACUUGCUAAGGCAGAACAACGAGCCCUUGCAAGACAUGUGCUCCACAUCUGAGACCAUGUCAGAGUUGCUGGAGGAUUUGGAUGUACAAGAUCUUGAAGAUGAGGGCUUUGCCGAAUCAGCUAAUGAUGAUGGUAUCAUACUGGCAGAUCUAAUGAUUUCAGAUGUGGCAUCUCUCUCUGAGCCCCCAGAAGCACUUUUCCAGUGUUUACCCGUGCCUUCACUCCAGCCUGCACUCCAGCCUGUGCCUUCACUCCAGCCUGCACACCAGCCUGUGCCUUCAUUCCAGCCUGCACCGCCUUCACUCCAGCCUACACCCCAGUCUGUGCCUUCACUCCAGCCUGCACUCCAGCCUGUGCCUUCAUUCCAGCCUGUGCCUUCACUCCAGCCUGCACCCCAGCCUGUGCCUUCACUCCAGCCUGCACACCAGCCUGUGCCUUCAUUCCAGCCUGCACCGCCUUCACUCCAGCCUACACCCCAGCCUGUGCCUUCACGCCACCCUGCACCCCAGCCUGUGCCUUCACUCCAGCCUGCACUCCAGCCUGUGCCUUCAUUCCAGCCUGUGCCUUCACGCCACCCUGCACCCCAGCCUGUGCCUUCACUCCAGCCUGCACUCCAGCCUGUGCCUUCAUUCCAGCCUGUGCCUUCACGCCACCCUGCACCCCAGCCUGUGCCUUCACUCCAGCCUGCACUCCAGCCUGUGCCUUCAUUCCAGCCUGUGCCUUCACUCCAGCCUGCACCCCAGCCUGUGCCUUCACUCCAGCCUGCACCCCAGCCUGUGCCUUCACUCCAGCCUGCACCCCAGCCUGUGCCUUCACUCCAGCCUGCACCCCAGCCUGUGCCUUCACUCCAGCCUGCACUCCAGCCUGUGCCUUCAUUCCAGCCUGUGCCUUCACUCCAGCCUGCACCCCAGCCUGUGCCUUCAUUCCAGCCUGCACCGCCUUCACUCCAGCCUACACCCCAGCCUGUGCCUUCACGCCACCCUGCACCCCAGCCUGUGCCUUCACUCCAGCCUGCACUCCAGCCUGUGCCUUCAUUCCAGCCUGCACUCCAGCCUGUGCCUUCAUUCCAGCCUGCACCGCCUUCACUCCAGCCUACACCCCAGCCUGUGUCUUCACUCCAGCCUGUGCCUUCACUCCAGCCUACACCCCAGCCUGUGCCUUCAUUCCAGCCUGCACCGCCUUCACUCCAGCCUGCACCUCCACCUCCAGCCAGCUCGUCACAAGUAGCUGGGCAUCAAAUGGCAGUGGAUGUGCAUGGCAUACCUGGUAUGGACAGAGUUGACAGUUUGGCAGAAUGUCUUGUGGAACUUCGGACACAAUCAGGCCUCACUUUAACAAACCAGCAAGCCAGCACUAUUGUUAGUCUCUGGCAGAACUUGGACCAGUUCGAUAAGGACCGGCUGGUGUAUGCAGCCCGUCAUCAGGACCGGCUGCUUACUGGCCGAUUUAGAUCGCCAAAAAAGAAAGCCACUUUCACUCCUGGGGUUGACAGCACAAAAAGGUGUGUCUUGGGAUCAAAUGGCUCCCCUGCUCAGUGGCCUAACUGCUGCCGGCUAAUUGAAACAGUUUUUAUUAGAUUAUGCAGCAUCCACAAAAGCCCCAAAAAGCAUGGCAAAUCAAGUCUUUCAAGAUGGGCGCUAAUAUUGCAGGACUAUCAAAAAAUAAGGCAGCUGGUUUUGAGCAAUGGCAUAGUGAUGGAACAGACCACCCUUCAGCUGGUUGAGGUAAACCAAAAAACUCUAAUGCACUGGUACAAAGAGCGCAUCAAAGCUCAAGAGGUGUCUGUGCUUCUUCAAGGGGUGCACCUUCCUGAAACCAGGCCAAUGGCAGGUGAACCUCUGCAGGCAGCGAGAACCAAGCCAGAUGUACCUGCACAGUAUGCACACCCAGUUCACCUGUACCAAAUUCUACCCAACACAGCUGGACAGGCCAAAACAAGAAUGAAAACGAGACCCAUUUUGCCGUCUCCCCAGCUUCCCACCCAGCCACUCGCCACUCACCAGCAUCAUGUCUCUGUGGUCCAAACUCCAGCUCCCUCUGCAAGACUUAGAUUAAUUUGUCCCAACUCUACACCAGCACCAGCUGUCCCUGUUGUGCGUCAGUUGUUUAUGUCUUUCACACCUGGUACCUUUUGUUCUUCUCACACCAUAAAUACAGCAACUACCUCCGACACAACUGUAACUGACACUGCCCAACCCACAAAACGUCAGUACAACAGGACAGUUGCAUCAAACGCAUGCAGGAGGUGUGGACAGUUUAGAACCCAAGAAACCGGCCACAGCCAGUACAAGGGCAAGAUUUUUUGCCCCAACUCUGAGUCAAUUAGCAAAGAGCAGUGGUUGGCAAAAAUGAGGCGGAUGUAAUUCAUAUAUUUAUUGUUGUAUAUUACAUAAGAUGUAUAUUAUAUAUUAGCCUAGUAUUAACUUUAUUUGAUAGAUUUAUAAUGCCGCUUAUUAUUAUUAUUAUUAUUAUUAUUAUUAUUAUUGCUAUCUAUGUAUAUAUAUUAAAUUAUUAUAUGGAUCUUUAAUGUUUAUUUCAAAUAUAGGCAUUAUCUGCUUCUUGUGCAUUACAUUUUAUAUAG